AUGAACAAGAUGUGGUUGCCAACUGAGUAUGAAGACUUGGAAGAACGGAUAAAGCAAACUCCAUUUCCAACUGCACUUGCAGUCCCCCAGUCAGAGACCCUCAUGUUACCCUCUUCAGAGAAAGAAUCUCCAGUUCUGCUGAGCAAAUUUUACGCUCUAAAGAGCGGGGCACGCCGGGCUGUGCUUCGCGGGGUCUGCGGCUGCGCAGAAGCCCUGCGAGCAGAGAGGGCCGAGGCGGCAGAGCGCGGAGAACAAGCCUGGGCUUCCUGCUCCGCCCGCGGAGCUUCUCGUGGAAGGCUCUGGAGGUGUGGGAGCAGCAGAGCUGUCCUGGACGCCGUGCUGAUCAGGUGUGUUUGCAGGCUUGGGGAUGAGGCUGCCGAGAACGUGGUUCUUCGCGUUUUUCUUUCUUGGUUCUUUUCCAGUGUGGUUUUUCCUCACGCGUGUCGAGAUCAGAUCUUUACCUCAGGGCUUUGGCGGAGUUAUGAAGUGGCAACUGCCCUAGAAAAUCGAAGCCAUAAGGUUCGGUAUUCAGAUUCAGUGGAAAAUGGAUCAAUUAUAUUUUCUCUUUCUGGAGUUGCAUUUUUAUUGAUGGAUGCUAAAAAAUGCUUUAUGUCUGCUGAAGAAACAUUUCUAGCCAAAAUUGAGAAGUUUAUUAACAUUCACCGAAAUAGUUUUUUGGUUCUGUCUGCUGCCCUGCAUGGGCCUGAGGAAUGGAAACUGAUGUUCAGGAUUCAGCAGAGAUUCCUGGGUAGUAACCUACGGAUACUUCCAGUACACAACACAAUAAAUGCUAUUAAUCUUAUGUGCACCAUAGCUAAGAUCACCUCCAAACCACACACAGAUAGCAUCUGCUACAGAAUGAUAACAACUAAAGCUUACAUCAUUGAGCAAAGUCCAGUUUGGAAAACACUUCAAAAGAUAAAACUGAGUAAUGAUACAUUUAACCCAAAUUAG